UUGAUGCUUUAAUACUGUGUCGUCCCAAGUUGUUAACUUCAUUAGAGUAUGUGCAGUGUGAAAUAAGGAAAGAAAAAAGAUUUAUUUUUUGUUUCUAAAGAGUUGUAAAACAAAAGAAGCUAUUUUAAUUUUUUAAAUUCUUGUUAUUGUUAUAGUGGAUAAGGGACCCUGUAUGUAACUUGAGAUUUGUUUUCUCUGAUUGAUUACUCUGUUUAUUAAAAUGAACUUCAUUGCAAAAUCCAUUUGGCGAGUGCUGUAUCGGAGUUGAAUUACUAGUCAGAAUGAAUUUUAUUCCAAUUGAGGUAUGUAUUCACUUAAUUUGGAAAAUGCUUAAUCCUUCAGAAAACUGCCACUGGGAGUUUUUCAGCAAGACUCACCCUCACCUUUUACUGUGAACUUUCACACAAUGUUUUCUUCAUUCUGGUCCUCUUUUGGCUGGGGUAAGCCCAGGUGGUUAGAGCUUAGAGUUCCAUAUGGCAUCCUCAUAAUCUUAGGAGAUCAAAGAAAUAAAAGAAAACUAUAGGCGGCAAUCAAAAAAUGACGUAAUAGUGGGUUGAAAAUUUUGUUUACUCCGUUUAUGUUGGAUAGGAGUCGAUUAGAAGAAGUUAAAAUGAUUAGAAUGAUCUAGCUUCAAGAGAACAAUGUGAUUUCAGUGCAAGAGCAACUUGCUUAUCUCGAGGGCUUAUCAUGAAGAUGACUGAGAAUGUUACCCAAAUAGUGGCUAUGCAUAAUUCAACUCUUUGCUGUAGAAUUGGUCAGGCAAAACUCUUGGGGCAAAUGCUCUAUUAUAUGCUGACAACGGGUGCAGGGAAGCAAACAUUAGGAGAAGAAUACUGUGACAUCACUCAGGUUGCAGGACCAUAUGGGCUUUCCCCAACACCUGCAAGACGUGCUCUUUUUAUUUUCUAUCAGUCAGCCGUUCCAUACAUUGCAGAAAGAGUCAGUUCUAGAAUAGCUUCCCGUGGCAUCACCCUUGCUGAUUCAAUGGCCGACUAUACAUUUGGGGACGUUCGUACUUCAAGCAACGAAACUGAGGCAUCAGUGACUGUUGAGAUACAGUCAUCUUCAACAUCCACUCCAUCAAUUUCAGCUCUUUCAAGAUUAAAAGCCAAGAUAAGGGGUUUCUGGUUGUAUGCAGUUCGAAGGUGGCCUUCGGUGCUUCCUCUUGCCCGUGAGGUGUUGCAAUUGGUUAUCCGGACCAAUCUCAUGUUCUUCUAUUUUGAAGGAUUUUAUUAUCAUAUAUCAAAACGUGCUGCGGGCAUUCGCUAUGUGUUCAUUGGCAAACCUAUGAACCAACGACCUAGAUAUCAAAUACUAGGGGUCUUCCUUCUAAUUCAAUUAUGUAUUCUUGCUGCUGAAGGUCUGAGGCGUAGUAGUUUAUCAUCCAUUUCAGCUUCUGUUCAACAAGCACCCUUUGGAACCUAUCAGACUUCCACAGGCCGAGGUUUACCUGUUUUAAAUGAGGAAGGCAAUCUAAUUACUGCUGAAACUGAGAAGUAUGGGCUGGUUGCUGAAUCCACAUCAACCUCAGAGUCGCAAGGAAGCAAUCCAAGCAAAUGCACGCUUUGCCUAAGCAGCCGCCAAGAUCCAACAGCCACACCUUGUGGUCAUGUGUUUUGCUGGAACUGCAUAAUGGAGUGGUGCAAUGAGAAGCCUGAAUGUCCUCUUUGCCGUUCUCCUAUAACACAUUCAAGCUUAGUUUGUCUGUAUCAUUCAGAUUUUUAGUCAUGGAUAGGUCAGAUAUUGCAAAAAAAUCUGCAAAAAAAUUACCAAGGCCGGGUCUGUUCUCGAUGUGUCAGAAACGAUUCAGUGGUACAGUUGUGUGUACUUCAUGUUGAAAUGUGGGAUCCUCUUUUAUUUUCGGGUGCUCCCACACAGCGAGCUCUGGAAGCCAUAUUGGGGUAAAAAGGGUGGUUGUGAGCUGUGGAAGGGUGUAGACUUUUUCUAUUGAUUUACCAAAGUUAAUCAGGUUAAGUUUUGUGCCAUGUAAUGGUGUAGCAGAUCCAUUUAUGGAAAGCAAGCACACAAACAGCAUUCCUCGUCUUACACAAUGCCGCUACUUGUCUUUCACUGACGAAAAGAUUGGAUUUCCCUCAUAGGAAGUUGUCGCUGCUGUUCCGUGUAUUGUCAAUUUUUACAUGUGCUUCGGGACCGGAUUGACUGGAUAAAGUUGCGACAGAAUCAAUCAUUGUUGAGGUAUGACUGGUAUUUGUGAUGUAUGACGAGACUACAUUUUCACCUGUGAUAUUAAAAAGAAAUUAGUUUUUUCAACCUCAAAAUUAUAGUAUGUGGAGGUCUUGCAGCUAACUGUCUUUGGUUUUCAAAACCGAAAGAGGAAUAUAUACAUCUUUUUUUAUUUA